AGCUUGGCGUGCGUUCCGAAGGUGACUCAGAUAAGGCGACGCACCUGGCACUCACCUGUCACUCAGUCGGGCAUUUAAAUAACUGACACUGGACAUUUAACGGAAUCGUAAAGCACUGUACUAUUUACAACAGACAAUAUGGAUGGGGAUGACAGUAUUACAGAGGAUGAAUGGACAUCUAUGAAGAGGCGAUUCAGCCUUGAAGGGUUGGAAUGGGAAACGCAAGAUCAAAACAUGAAAACUCUUCAAGUGUGGCGCUUGCUAGUAGAUGCAGAGGCCAAUCUAAAAGCAGUACGACACAUAAAUGAUAAGCUGAGGAGACAGCAUGAUCAAGAAAAGGAGGAACUUGAGGAGUACACUGAACACCUCCGACAAAAAUGUGAAGAAAGAGUAAAGGAAAUGGAUGAUGAAGUGAAGACUCUCAAGGAGGAUCUGGAGGCCCUCCUUGCUGGAACGCAGGCAGUGGGAACAAUGCUUUUGAGUGAGGGGCUAGAGGAUGUGGCUCAGAGCACCCUGGGAGAGCAAAUAGCCUACCUACUUGUAGAAAGGGCAAAACUGAAUGAAGAACUCACUGCUGCUAGAACGAAGCCUGCAUCAGACAGGGAGAAGGAAUUGACUACGCAGCUUAUUAAGGUUAGCACAGACUAUGAGCUGCUUAAACGAACACAGCAGGAGUCUGAGGAAAAGCUGGCAGAGAUGACUGACAGGGUGUCAUUGCUGGAGAAAGCCUCACGGCAAUUAGAACUAAACAAUGAGAGUUUAGCCUACAAGCUAACCGAGGCCUUAGCCGAAAUAGAGGAAAAUGAGAACCAGCUGCGCCUGUAUAGUAAGAACUCCAAUUUCAAACGUGGCGAGUCUCCGAGGGUGAGCUUGCGCAGCCAAGAGGAUUAUGGACCACCAAGCCUAAGAAGUCUACCUAUCUCGGAGAACUCUUUUAUCCGCCGAGACUCACAGAGAAGGAGUGGCCGCAAAGGAGAAUCACCCAGAAGUAGUAACAGGCAGAGAAAACAUGAAUCAGCGAGAGGCGAGAGAAGCAAGUCAGCAGGACGAAGCCUCUCUAGACAGCGGCGAGUCAGCAGGACAGGGAGUCUGAGGCUUGACGAAGGGGAAGCCGGAGAACGCAGGCUUUCUGAUGCUGUGGAGGCAGGUCUGCUUUCCGGAGAGAGGAGCUUUGAUAUAAAUGAUGAGCGCAGGAAUAGUGUUAUGAGCUCCAGUGCCUCCUCUCCCAGGAAACUCCAUUCGCUGCUUGAUACCCAAAUACAGACUGCAAAAAGCCAGAUUAAUAUGUUAGAUGAAGUGAAGCAGCUUCAGGCUGAACUGGAGACCUUGAAGAAGGACUUACUAGGUGCUGGUGACAAGUAUGAAUUUAUAGUGAGGAAGUAUGAAUUGUACAAGAUAAAAAGCAAGAGCAAAGUUUAUUCUAUAAAAUCAACAUACCAAACUGAAAUGGAAAGCCUACAGAGACAAAACAACAGCCUGGAAGCCCAGGUUGCCCUCCAAAGAGAUCAGCUCCGGUCAGAUGAUGCCCUCAGGAAGGAGCUGGAGAGUGACUUGGCCAGUGUUCGUACCGAGCGUCAGGAAAUGGCAGUGAGGGUGCGAGAGAUUGAGAGGGAGUUGCAGAGGCGAGAUCAAGAGAUUGGACUUCUUCAGGAGAAAGUGAAGCUGUUGCAAGAGAGGAAUCAGCAGCUUAAUGAAAAACUGCAGGAAAUGAGUUUAGCAGCCAUUGUUGGAUGAUAGUGUGAUUUAUUAGGUGAAUGCUGAUAAUUCUUUGACAUUGCUUGAUAGAUUUAUAUUGCAUGUAUUGCUGAUUCAGAUAUGUGUAUUUAUAAAACUAUGCCAAUGAUUCAAAUUGUUACUAAGAGAUACCAUGAUCUGUGAUUCAUAUCCGUCCAUAUCCCUUUUUCUUUUUCCCUUUCCCUUUCCCUUUCCCGAUUCCAUUCCCUUCCCCUUUCCCUUUCCCUUCCCCUUCCCCUUCCCCUUCCCCUUCCCCUUCCCCUUCCCCUUCCCCUUCCC